GGUUUCCCAGGUCCUCCAGGUGACACUGGUUUUUCAGGACCAGUAGGACCUUUGGGUGCUCCAGGACCAUCAGGUAAUCCCGGAUAUCCUGGAAGUCCGGGGUCACCAGGAGUCAAUGGUCAACCUGGUUCUCAAGGUCAACAAGGUUAUACAGGCUCUACAGGGCAACAAGGCAAUAGAGGAACUCAAGGAUCACCUGGUCUACAAGGUGCUUCAGGUCCUUCAGGAAAUCCUGGAAGUUCUCAGGGACCUGCUGGCUCACCGGGUUUGCAGGGAAUACCUGGACCAUCGGGCUCACCAGGGUUGCCAGGUAAUCCGGGAUUUAAUGGUUUUCCAGGUAUGCCAGGAGCUACAGGUUUUGCUGGGCCAGCUGGUGGAACAGGUAACACAGGACCUGCAGGACCAUCUGGUCAACCUGGACCCUUGGGACAGCCAGGAGGCGCUGGUGCUACUGGUUAA